AUGGCUCCGCUUCCGGUCAGCUACCUGGCUUAUAUAUUCGGAUUCGUGCUAACUUUACUGCUGUCCGUCCUCCUACUCAUCUCAUUACCAUUCAUCAUCACAGCCCGCCUUCUCUGUUGCAUAGCCCACAAAUGCUAUUGUCAAAAGCAAGAAUGUUCACUAAGACAUUGCGAUAUGCAUUGGCCAGCCAUCGGCCACUCUCCGGGUCGAGCGGUUGUUGCCUUGCACAAAGAAGCGGAUGCGGGAGUUGUUGCGCAGCAGAUGAAUCGAGUGUUGAAGGGUCGCAGUGGUGAUUGUUGUUUGGUAAAGUCGAGCUCGUCGUCGAUAGCGACCUCUGGGACUGUGGUUUUAUGGGAUCAAAGCCGAACUCGUGUACAAUGUGCGGCAGAACUAAAAGCAGUUCUCAACGAGCCUCACGGACUCCCGCCAAUGCAAUGUUCUUGCGUUGUCAUCCCUGGCUACGUCUCAUCCGUUGAGAGCGGCACUGGACAUUCCCUUCUCGUCUUCUCCCUCGAACCCCGAUUACAUCCAUUCUGUUUACCACGACUUUUGUCGCUUUACUCCGACGCCCAACUCGUUUUUGAGGUGGAGCCCCGGUUGACUAGACCCUUUAUCCCAGCCAUCCAUCCACGCCUCAACCUUCCUUUGCAUUUCUGCUACAAGGUUUAUCAGGCCGUCCAGCUUGUAUGCCGUGGUCCAAUGACUGUGUUGAGCCAUUCUUUAAAACGAGAGCACCCCGUCUGGAAGGCGAUGAGCGGGGACAAAGGAGCAAGUGCAAUGGCGACUUCGAAAAAUCGGAAACCCGCGACUCCAUCAAAUGCGGAAGAUGAUUCGAGCCUUAUGCCACCGGCUGGGCUCGAGGAAGUCGUCGUUGCGACGCCGAAGGGAGAAAUUAAUCAUAAAAUUAGUUCGGUGUCUGUUGCACCUUCAACAAGAUGGUUAGCAUGGACAAAAGUUGGGCAUGCGGAAUGUCUCUCCCGGGCUGAACGCCUACUCCGAGCUGCCACUAUCGAGCUCCUGACUGCCUUAGUCGCUGGUGCUCUACGUCAACAAUUCAGGGAUCAGGGGAUACGUCAUCCUCCCGAUGUUGGAGCAUCAAUAUGUGUAUCCUGUCGAGAUUUUGUACCCGUAGAAGCGGCGAGGCCAUGUGAAUCGGUAUUGUUGCCAAUUCGUUUGCCGACUUCAGUUGAAGGUGCGGUACCACGAGCUUGGGCAGUACAACGACGAAUGGCUAAAGUCCUAGACGGGGUCCUCCCUAACGCUCUUAGCCUCUCAAAAUAUCUUGGCUCGCUACUCUUCCCCCCAAAAUUGGCCGAAAAAUUUGUCAACGGCCUCUACGGCGACAACACUGUACAGAUUUCAUUUUUGCGUGCUGGUGGUGAACUUUCGUUAGAUAGUAUCCGCAUCAAAUCGAUGUUUCUUUUUCCAGCUGUGACAGAAUCGGUGCUAGCCUCUUUCUGUUUCGUACAGUGCGGGUCGGAGAUGAUGCUUGCCGUCUCCUUAGAUAAAAACACCUUUUCCCGUCCAACGGCGUUGCUCAAUAAUUUCAAGCUAGAAGUGAAACAUCUUGUUGAACAACUGUCAAUGCGUCUACUCACCCUUUCACAAGCCACAUUCUUGCCUGAUCGUGUUCCGAUACUCAGGAGUGCUCCAGAUGCAGAUGAAUAUUGCAGGGAUAGUGAGGCGUUUGCUCGAAUGUAUCCAAAUCCUGAAGGGCAAUCAACAUCUAAGAUUCGGGAAAAAGCCGAUAGUGAAUAUUCGCUUGAAGAAUUGCAACAGCUUCUUACUACGGUGCAAGACGAAUUGGAUGGGAUGCGGGCAAAUCCUCAGGGAGAUCGUGUUGCAUAUAUUCGGAAGCUGACCGAACUCGAGAAUCGGAUGCAACGGUUUCAUGAAUGCAUUACACAGAAAUUGGGUACGGGCAUUACGGAGCUGGCACAUGAAGAUUCGACUCUCGCAACUAGUGCCGUGGCUGAACUCUUGGCACCUUACCGGCAAGAAUCUGGAAUCACGGGUCGUCGCUUUUCACGCGAGUACAUCCUGGUCGACAGUAGCAGCAGCAACUCACGAAAGAACUCGCGCCAUUCAUUU